AUGAGACGAAUACAACCAAUAGGACUGGGAAAGUCCGAAAAUGAACAGUCAAAAUCUUAUCAGUUUCAUUUUAAUGUUGUUGAAGCCAGUGAAACAGAUCAUGAGGCAACAGCCGAUGUUGAAGUAGCACCAUUGGACGAUGAGACACAACGACAGAGCUUAACGUCUGAUCAAUUACAACUCUUGUUUCGCAAGGCUAGCUCUGAACUGGUUGCAGAAACAGUAGAUGAGCAGGAUUUUUUCAAACGCGAAGCAACAAUUAAAGCGCCAAAAACAUCUCAAAUAAUACAAACACCAUUUCCAGCUCCUUUAGCAGAACGCAAAGAAGAUUCUGAAUUGGACAUUGAACAAUUAAAACAGUUAGCUAAACAAGAAGCAGGUCCGCUCAUCAUCGAAAGAUAUUCUCCUAGUGAAGAACUAGUUGAUUACGUACUGCCAACAGUUAACUUAACAUUUAAUCAACCAAUGAUUAGCGUAUCAUCAUUGGAUGAAAAUAUGAAUCUUGAAGAGCUAGGGAUAUCGUUAACACCAAAAAUUGAAGGUAAAUGGAGAUGGACAGGAACGAAAACAGUUCAAUUCGAAGCAAAGCAUCGUUUUCCAUAUUCGACAAAAUUUACACUAAGAGUCAACAAAGAACAAUGUGUAUCAGUUAUCGGAGGUAAAGCUAUCUUGUAUUCGAUGACAUUUAAUUCUGUAUACGUAGUUUUGGUACUUUUAUUAAUUUCAGGAAAACUAGGGGAAGAAUUCGUCUUUGAAUUUUCAACAGCAACAGCAAAAGUUUUCGAUUUUUUACCUUGUGGAACAGUUUCAACACUGAAGCCUAAAUGUUUUCUAUUAUUCAAUCAAAAAAUUAAUAUGAAUGACAUUUUGAAGCAUAUACGCGUUGUAAGCAGUAGUGGAAAUGAGAUCCAAAAUCAAGAAUUAGAAAUGUUAGACGAUGCAACAGCAAAAAUUGAAUUCAAAUCAAAUAUAAAUGCCGAUGAAGGAAAUAAUGAGAAAUAUGUUGCAUUUACAUUUAAAAACGAUUUAUCAAAGGCAACAGAAUAUAAAGUUCAAUUGCCUAUAGAGUGUCCAUCAGCAGAAGGUCCACUAAAGACAACAUCUGAUUGGUCAACUAGCUUUCACACUUACGAACCAUUAAAAAUAAUUGAUUGGUUUCCAAAUGAAACAAAUUCAUGGCAACGAACUGCUGCUCCUGGCCAAAGUUGGUCGAUCACAUUCAAUAAUGCAUUAAAUCAUUCAACAAUUAAUAAAUCAUUAUUCAAGAUUGAGCCAGAAGUCAAUGUUUUAGGCAUUGAGCAUGUCGAACACAAUGACCGAGAAAUAACAAUACACAAUGAUUCUAAACCAAAUGCUGUUUACAAACUGUUUAUAGAAGCAACAUCAUUAAAAGAUAUUCAUGGUCAAACAUUGGAACAUGAUUUCUCUGCUAAACCAAUUCAAUUUAAAGUCCAUGACUUACCACCAUUAACUGGAGACAUAUCGGGUGCAACAGGUAUGGUUACGAUAGAUCCUGGUGUAUUAGAUGAACCAUUUUAUCCAUUUAUGGUUUAUAAUUAUUCAGAAUUAACAGUUCGUAUUAAUCGAGUAAAGCCAGAACAUUAUGAUCUUCACUUGCCGUGUUUUAAUUCAUAUACAUAUACCAUGGAAGAUCAAGCAUGGUACAAUAAAUUACCUGGCGAAGAGUUGCUGAAUACAGUAAUACAAACGAAUUGUGAACGUGAUGAACCAAAAGAAAUAAGAAUUCCAUUGAAGGAAUACCUAAAUAAAAACUCUGGAGUAGGACAAUUAAUUCUGCUAAUUGAACCAACAAAAAAAGCAUGGAGUGAAUGUCAAAGUCACGAUUGGCAAUAUCGACAAAUAAAAUCUGUCUGGAUACAAUGUACACGACUAGCAGUGGACCUAUUUGUUUCUUCAGGUACGGAUGGUACAUUGACUGCAUGGGUUACUGAAUUGAUGACUGGUGCACCUGUCACCCAAGCUACUGUUCAAAUAGCAAAUAAAAAGGGAGAAACCAAUCAACAAGGAUUAUGUACCCUUGAAAAAUACCUGAUAGAAAAAGAAGAAUCAAGCAAAGCAGAAGAUCAAGGAAAUAAAAUAUUAAUUGUAGAAAAAGAUGAUGAUCUAUGUAUGUCAAUAAAUAUUUAUACUUAUCCAUUGUACUAUGAUGCUUAUGCUUGGCAUGUAUUCAAUGAUCGAGGUUUGUAUAAACCAAAAGAAGACGUGCAUAUAAAAGGUUAUGUGCGAUUACUGGAAACAAAAGGCGAAGCAAGAUUACCAACUUAUGUUCAAGGUUCCAUCGAUUAUAUAGUACAGGAUCCUCGCGGUCAGCAACUUCUGCAGUCAAAAGUCGAGUUGAAUAAUUACGGUGCAUUUAAUAUUCAAUUUACAUUGCCUGACAAUGUUAAUCUAGGCUAUGGAUACGUAACAUUCACUUUACAGGAUUCAUUAAAUAGUCAUACUCAUCAGUUCAAAAUUCAAGAGUUCAGAAGACCAGAAUAUGAAGUUUCAUCAAAGAUUCAAUCAGCAACAACCUAUUAUUGUCAUCCAACCAUAGAUCAAGAUGUCGUCGUUUCUUGUCAAGGAAAAUUGUUUGCAGGUGGUUAUUUGAAUGAUGCAAAUGUUCGGUGGACAAUACGAGCUGAAACAACCAAAUUUAAGCCAGCUAAUAGAUCUGAUUAUACAUUUGGUAGAGCUGAGCCGAUGUUCUUCUGGUUUCGUAAUAGCGAUGAAAAAAAGAUAUCCUAUCCGACAAAAUACUGUCAGGGUAAAACAAACGAUCAAGGUAUGCAUGACAUAAAAAUUAGUUACCAUGGCAUCGAAGAAGAACCAAGACCAACAAUAGUUUAUGCCCUGGCAGCUAUUACUGAUUUAAACAACCAAACACAAGAAACACAAACACCAUUCGUCGUCCAUCCGUGUACUUAUUAUGUUGGAUUUCAAAUGUCAACAUACUUUGGAAAGAAAGAUAAACCCGUACCAACCAAAGUUAUUGUAACAGAUAUUGAUGGAAAUUUAAUUGAUAACAUUGUUGUUGAAUGCAAAAUAGUUGGAAAUGGAAAAGAGAGGAAAGAAGAUGAAAACGGUUUAGUCAUAUACGAAGACGUCAAAGAUGAACAAAUAAUAACCUCUGUUAGUUCAAGUAAAGAUGCCAUUAACAUUGAUUUCACACCAAAAUUAGGCGGUGAGUACAAUAUUUCAUACACUAUCCAAGAUGAACAAGGACGAUCAGCUAUGAGUUUCUACGAUGGUCUUUACGUCUGCGGUGGUUAUGGAAAGGAAAUGGAACAGCAAAAAGUCGAAUAUGUUCCGAUGGAUACAAUCAAAAUUGUACCAAAUGCACCGAAUUAUCAACCUAACGACACGUGUGAACUACUCAUAUUAGCUCCGUUCAGUCCAGCAAACGGUCUACUGGUAUUUGACUGUGACGGUCAAGUUUCACAACCAAUACGAUUUCAGGUAGAACCUGGACAAAGUUCGACAACUGUUCAAUUCAAGAUAUCGAAGGACUGGAUACCAAAUUUCACAGUUCAUGCAGAAUUAGUAGGCUCAGCUCCAAGACAAACGGAAGUGAUUGGCUCGUCGAAUCGUCCAGCAAUCGCUUCUGGUUCACAAUCAAUAGAAGUAUCUAGAGACAUUUACAAACUAAAUGUUUCGAUUAAUACAAAGGAAAGAAAUGAAGUGUUUACACCAUCAUCAAAUAUUCAUAUCGAUGUGGAUGUCUCACAAUAUGUCGAUAAAGUACCUGUAGAGAAAGUCGAAGUUUGUCUGGUUGUUGUUGAUGAAGCAAUUUUAUCAUUAACUGAUCAUAAAAUGACUAAUCCAUUAGAUUUAUUUUAUCCUAGCCGAGUAGCAAAUAUCAAUCAAUUUCAUGAUAGAGAUCGUUGUUUGUUAUUCAGUAAGCAAGAUAUCGAAAAAUUUAAGAAAGAUAUGCAACAAAACCAGACUUUAUUGAGCGCAGCAGAGACAUGUUGUUACAGCGCAGCGCCUAUGGCUAUGCGCGCAAUGAGUGCAAAAGGCGGCAACUUUGGAGGUUCCGGUCAUGAGGAAAAAAUAUCUAUUCGAUCGAACUUCAAUCCAUUAGCAUGUUGGAUACCAUCAUUAGUCACUGAUGUAUCAGGACAUGUUUCGUCUGAAAUUAAAUUACCGGAUAAUCUAACACGCUAUCGCGUAUGGGCACUUGUAACAAAUGAUAAACAAUAUGGCUUAGGUGAAAUGUCAUUUACUGUACAAUUACCAGUUAUGGUUCGACCUUCGCCACCGAGAUUUCUUAAUUAUGGUGAUACAGCUCAUAUCUCGGUUAUUUUACAAAAUCAAACUAAUUCACCAUUACAAUUGCAUGCUGGUCUACGGGCAUCUAAUGCUAAGCUAUUAACAUCACAAGAAAAUCAACAAAUGGCUGGUUACUCUAUUGCUCUUCAACCAAAUAAACGAGCUGCUCUUAUAUUUCCGUUAUCAACAAUACGUUCUGGUACAGCUCGAUUUCAAUUCAUAACCAGUAGUGUCAACAAUGAAACAUCUCCAUCAUUUGGCGACGCCAUUGAAUUCAGUUUACCUGUAUUCACACCGGCAACAUCUGAAGCAUUUGCAACAUAUGGUGAUGUGUGUGAUGAAAAAGUUAUUUUACAACCGAUAAAGGCACCAGAAAAUGUAAUUCCACAAUUCGGUGAAUUAUCAAUAUCAACAAGUUCUACAGCAUUAGCAUCCUUAACCGAUGCAAUCAUUGCACUUUAUACAUAUCCAUAUGAGUGUUCAGAACAAAUAAGUUCACGAUUGCUUGGUAUACAAUCACUAUGGGAUGUUUUACAAGCAUUUAAAAGUAAAGACUUACCUGAAGUAUCCGAAGUGAAAACUAAAUUAGAAUCCGAUAUGAAGAAACUCAAAGGUCGUCAAUAUUCAAAUGGUGGGUUUGGUUAUUGGACAAAUCAGUACAAUUCUAAUGCCGAUCCAUUUAUGAGUGUGCAUGUUGCUCACUGUCUAGUUGUUGUAGAGCUGAAAAAGGUAUUUUCUACUGACUACGAUUUGCUGAACAAUGCAUUGAGAUAUCUUGAAAAUAUAGAACAGGAAAUUGAUCGGCUAUUAUCCUCUAAAUACUGGUCUGAAACAACUCGCUUUAGUUUGAUGAGUUAUGCACUGUAUGUCCGAGCGAAAAAUGGACAGAAUGUGGCAAACGAUGCUUCACAAUUAUUUCAGAAAACUGGAUUUAAUAAACUUAGUUUAGAAGCAUUAGGAUGGUUAUUAAUAGCUUUAUCAAUGGAUAAGAAUAAUGCUCAAAAACCAAUUAUUGAAACUAUUUACAAACAUCUGAAAGGAAAGGUAAGUGAAACAAGUGAAACGGCUAAUUUUACUACAUCAUAUGGUGAUGAUGGUCAAUCGGUCAUGUUACAUUCGGAUCGACGCACGGAUGCUAUAUUGUUGGAAUCAUUAUUAUGCAUUGAUCCUAAUUCAACUCUAUGUACUAAAUUAUGUAAAGGUUUACAAGCACAUAAAGUGAAGGGUGCAUGGAAAUCUACACAGGAAAAUUGCUUCGUACUAAUUGCAUUGGAUAAAUAUUUUCAUAUCAAAGAAAAAGAAACACCAGAUUUCGUUGCUAACAUUUGGCUUGACAAAGAUUUCUGUGGUCAACAUCAUUAUACAGGUCGAACAACAAAUACACAUGUAGUAAAUAUUCCAAUGAAAGCACUUUUGUCGCCAUCAUCGAACGCAGAUGAUAAUAAUAAGAAUCUUAUCUUGCAUAAAGAUGGUAGUGGUCGAUUAUAUUAUCGUAUUGGAUUGAAUUAUGCUCCAUCAAACCUACAUUUGAAUGCGGUUAACUUUGGUUUUAAAGUUGAACGAACAUACAUAGCUGUUGAUGAUUCAUCCCAUGUUACGAAACAAUCGGAUGGCACAUGGAAAUUCAAAUUAAAUGAGAAAAUCAAAGUCAUAUUGACUAUGACAACAACGCAACGACGAUAUCAUAUAGCAUUAGUUGAUUAUUUGCCGGCUGGUUGUGAACCAUUAAAUACAAAAUUAAAAGGAACAAUUACUGGAGAUACAGAAUCAUCAGUAUCAAGAUCAAAAAGAGAUGUUUUCUGUUGUGGAUUUCUGCCACAUUCCACUAUUGGUUGGCCUGAUCAUGAAAAUUUGAGAGAUGAACGUGCCGAAGCAUUCCGAUCAUUAUUGUGGCCUGGUGUAUAUGAAUGGAGUUAUAUAAUACGUGCAACAUGUGCUGGGACAUUUUCUGUUCCACCAGCAAAAGCUGAGGAAAUGUAUUCACCAGAAAACUUUGGUCGAUGCGCAACAGAAAAAGUCUCAAUUGACUAA